AUGUCUGCUCCGGUGCCUUUUCGAUUGGAUCAAACCAAGGUUUGCUUAUUUCUUAUUUUUAAUUUCAAUUAAUUCAAUUCAAAAAUUUUUUCAAUAAAAAAAUCUUCUUCUAAAAUAUUUGUAAAAAAUCUAAUAAAUUUUUUAUUAGACAGAGAUAUAAAAUUUUUGGAACACAUGAGAUAUUUUGAAUUGAGCAACAGGUGACUUCUCAUUUUUCAAAUCGACAUAAAAAUCGAUUUUUCUACGUUUUAUACUUUUUUUUCAAAUAGAAUAUGCCAAACUUUCCGCCACAAGUUUAUUAUCGGGAUACUUAUGGAUUUGAUGAUCGGAAAAGUGAAUCAGAUAAUGAUAGUGUUACAACAAAAUCAACAGGUUUGUUAUUUUAUUUUUUCAAAUAAAAACUAUUUUAAAAAUUGAGUACAAAAUUUCCAACCAAGAUUCUAAUUGUAAGGCUCUUCAAGCAAAAGACAUUGGGAUUCGCUUAAGAAAAAUUCAAAAAGACCCCUUUGUAGAUGUUCAGAUGUGCUGGUUUGGAUAGUGUUUCACAAAAAUUCAGAAAAAUAUAUUUAAAAAAAACUAAAAUUUUAGCUAACUCUAUUUUCAACAAACUUAAUAUGCUAGUGAAAUAUUGAUUUAAAAAAGUUACUGAUUUUUCUGAUAAUCUGGAAAACUUCCAACUUGAAACCCUCCAACAUUUUAUUUCCCAUCCUACUCCAAAAAUUUGUAGUGACAGUCAGAACAACCUACAAUAUCAAUCCGAAUGCAACAAGUAGCGGUGGAAUUGCAAUUAAUCCAACUUAUCAACAUAUUCAUCGUAAUAUGGAAACAAGUAAAAUGACAAAUUUUUCAAAUUCUUAUCAUGUUGAACAAUUGGUGACUUCAAAAAUUCUAACACCAAAUCCAAGAACACUUUUGAUUUGCACUUUGAUAGCUUUUGCUAGUGCAGUGCAGUUGGUGAGUUGGAAUUUUUUUGAUUUUUAAAAUCCGAAAAGGCAAUUUCAGCUGAUGUUCUCAAUGAUCGCAAUGUUUUACGAUGGUCCACUUCCUUGGACAGUCAUCAUUUCAUUUUUAUUAAUUUUAAACACUUUGAUAGUUCUGGUAUUCACUAGAUGUCGACCAACAAGAGCUUGGCUGGUGAGAAACAUCAUUUCGAAAAAUAAAAACAAAAGAAAAGUUUCAGUUUGCCAGUCUGAUAGCUGUUGCUUUUUCAUUCAUCGAAUGUGCUGGUUUAUUUUUCUGGACAGCUUUGCUAAUUAGUGACGAGGAGAAAGUGAGUUUUGUUUUCGAUUCAAAAAAUUCAAAUCUUCUUUUCAGUACCUCGAGAAAGUUGGUGCUAAUGACAAUCGGAUAGUGACAAGCACUCGAAUUGCUAUGUAUUCUUGUCAACUAAUUUUUGCGCCAAUACACAGUAUGUUUCAAAAUUAUUUUUUUUGCUAAGCUCCAGUUUCAAAACCUUUCAAAUUUUCAGUGAUCGCCACCGGCCUCUUAUUUUUCAUCUUACGAAAACAAAUCUCAUCCACUGAUCAGAUCGUAAAUGGAUAUUUUUUGAGUGAACCUCAAUUGGGACAUCAGAAAAUCUUGGUUCCUAUUGAACUUCGACAAAUCCGUGAUUUAUCCGAUGAUGAUGCUGAUAAUGCAUCAGUUGGUGUACAAACCGGAGGUUCCAGACAUAACUAA